CGUCAGCCCUGAGCCAACCAAGCCACCAGGCACAGCAGCAGCAACCGAACCGAGCCUCAGCCAGCAGCGACACCGAGAGGCCAGUCAGUGUGGAGUGAGUCGUGCAAGGUGGAAGACGUGUCAGACUCCUUCCCGCUCCUCCAGGUGGCGUCCGUUGGCAUCCCUUUCAUUUAUGAGGAUAUUCGGCCCUUGAGUGCGUCCCAGCGUGAGGCGGGGAGGUGAUAUAGAGGAGCGGAGCCUAGCGCGGCUUGUGUUACCCUAGAAUCGGUGCCCCUCCGAGGAAUUACGAGCCCCGAGUGUGCUUGAGUGCGUGUGUGUGUGCGUGUGUUGUGGCACCAGCACCACCACAGCGUCGGGUUGAGAAGACAGAGAGAGGAGGGAGGAGGAGGGGCCUGCAACGAUACGAACGGUGGUGGGUUGCGCCUAUUGUCCCGUAACCCAACCAAGUACAAGCCCACCACCCACGCCACGACCACUACCACAACCACUGUCCACAACCCCACCCUCUUAACCCCUGUCUAGCCUCUGCAGCCCUCGCAAACAGGUGCGGCGCCAAGAUGAGUGAGGUCGAGCAGCAGCAGCAGCAGCCACCGCCGGCACCUGCCAAUGGGGUGAACGGGUCAGCCACACAGGAGGAGGAGGUGCGGCUCAUGACAGAGGAGGAGCUGGAGAGGGAGAAGAUGAGGCCCCCGGAUAUUGACCAGGACAUGAAGGAGAUGGAGAGGAGGAAGCGCGUGGAGGCCAUCAUGAACUCCACCAUCUUCCGGGAGGAGCUGGAGAAGAUCGUGGAGACCCAGCUGACGGAGGGCUACUCGGGCUACCAGGCCAUCCAGAACAUCUCGGAAAUGAUGGGCAUCCCCUGCUCUCGUGUCAACAUGUUCCGCAGCACCCAGAGCGUCAUCCCAAUCAACGACAUCCGCGGCAUGGAGAGCCUCAACUUCGCCAAGGGUGAGAAACUCCUCCGCUGCAAGCUGGCCUCAGUCUACCGGCUGAUCGACAUGCACGGGUGGACCCAGAGCAUCUACAACCACGUCACGGCCCGCAUCAGCCAGGACAUGGAACACUUUCUGCUCAACCCCUUCGGCAUGCUGUACCACGAGGUCACCGCCGCCUCGCUGGUCAAGGUGGACAUGCAGGGCAACAUCGUCGAGAGCGGCUCAACCAACUUUGGCGUAAGCGUGGCUGGGUUCAUGCUGCACUCCGCCAUCCACGCCGCACGCCCUGACAUCAAGUGCAUCAUCCACCUCCACCACCCGGCUGUUGUGGCUGUGUCGGCCUUGAAGCAGGGGUUGAUGUCACUGUCCCAGGAGGCGCUGCUCAUUGGGGACAUCUCCUACCACGAGUACCAGGGCAUCUUUGUCAACCAGGAGGAGAAGGACAAGCUGGCACGCAACCUGGGACCCAUCAACAAGGUGAUGCUGCUGCGUAACCACGGCGUCGUGUGCUGCGGCGAGACCAUCGAGGAGGCGUGGUACAACACCUACCACACCGUGCUGGCCUGCGAGACUCAGAUGCGCAUGGCACCUCUCGGCCUGGACAACCUGAUCGUGGUGACAGAUGAGGCCCGUCACGCUGCUUUUGAGGUGGCCCGACGUGGCGCUGGCGGAGUGGACAGCAAGCAGGAGGGAGGAGCAGCCGGCCAGGGACCAAAGGAGCGCAAAUGGAAGGUCGGGGAGCUGGAGUUUGAGGCGCUGAUGAGGUCAAUGGACAACGGCGGCCUGAGGACGGGCUACAUCUACCGAAGGCCCCUCGUGAAGCAGGACACCUCGCGCUUCCACAGUGAUGUCGCCCUGCCACCCACUGCCUCCAACUACACACACCUCUUUGACGAGGACGAUAUUACAAGGAGCCCCCUGAAGCGCAUUCUGGACGGCCGCAAGACCCAGGACAAGACUCGGUGGCUCAACUCCCCCAACGUGUACCAGAAGGUGGAGGUGCUGGAGACCGGGACGCCAGACCCCAAGAAGAUCACCAAGUGGGUGGCCGACAGCUCCCCCACCCACUCCUCCUCCACUGCCGUCAAGCUGGACUCAGCGCUCCAGUUCGUCCCUCCCAACACCAACCCGAGGGAGUUCAAGACAGUCCAGAAGAUGAUCAAGGAGAACCGGCGGGUGGGCAACAUCAGCGCCGGGCCGACCUCUCACCUGCUGGAGGGUGUGACCUGGGACGAGGCGCGGCGCAUGCAGGACGCCAGCAUGUCGGCCGCCUCGGACCACGUGAUCCUGGUGGGCGCCGCCUCAAAGGGCAUCAUCCAGAGGGACUUCCAGCACAACGCAGUGGUGUACAAGACGCCCUAUGCCAAGAACCCCUUCGAUGCCGUCACCGACCAGGAGCUUGAGGAGUACAAGGAGCUGGUGGAGCGCAAGCAGCGAGGAGACCCGAUUGAAGAGAUUGAGAUUGAGAAGAUGAGCAUCAUGCCGGAGCGCGCCACGGUUGACGUUGUUGAUGACCACCAGCAGUCAAUGGACGCCGGACGCACUGCCAUGUCCCCCACCAGCCCCAUGUCCGACCAGGAAGCCUCCAGCACCACGGUUCUCAAGGUGGAAACUAAGCAAACUCCCAGGGCAAGACAGGCACAGGCCGUGGUUCUUAGUGAUGAUGGAGAGAAAGUUGUGCGCCAAAAGCCAAGCCUUCCUCCCAAACCCAACAUUCCGAAGAAGCCCGUGGGAGGCCCGGGGGUGCCUGUGGGGCCCCCCCAGCGGGUCCAGGCCACCAUGAGAACACUGCCGUCGAGAGACGGUUCCCUCACCCCAGACCCGCCGCAGCCCCCCCCCUCAGGGCAUGGGGGGGCUGUCACUCCCCCACCACCUGCCUCCAACACCCUCCCUCGCUCCCCUUCCGCCCAGCCUGGGGUGGACGGCUCGCGCACCAACUCCCUCACGCGUGGCAUUCAGAAGAUGCUCAGAGCUGCCUCGCGCUCCAAGGAGGAGGCCGGGCGGGACUCAGAGGCCAGCCCACCCCUGGAGCGCUCCAAGUCCGCGUUCUAUAAGAAAGAAGUGGCUGCCGAGAAGCGGUCAGUUCUGCAGCGCCGCUCUUGGUCCCUCACUCGGAAAGGGGAGACUGUGGCCAAUGGUGACGAUGAGGCGCACCACAGCACACUUUCCCACAGCAGUAAAGAGGGCUCCCCCACCAAGGACACCUCCCUCACCGAUGACUCCAUUUCCAAGGAGAAGAAGAAGAAGAAGAAGGGGCUCCGCACACCCAGCUUCCUCAAGAAGAAGAAGGACAAGAAGAAGGAGAAGGAGGCUGCCCACCACUAGUUCCCCAGACCCUCCCCAUCUUUACUAACCUUCGCCUCUGGUAGACCAAUGCUGACACUGCCAGACCGUGUACUGUAGAUAGCUAACAAGAGGAAUGUGUGCUGGGAGUCCUUGUGUGGUGCUGGUGAGAGGCUGCUGUGCUGCUGCUGCUGCCAACCGCUGCUGCUGAUGCUGCUGUCUCUGUUCAUCGGAUCCAAGACUUGCCAACAGAAAUUCAUCGGCCGGCACGUCGGGAAAAUCAGCUUUAUUUUUCACUGUGUUUCUAUUGCGAUUUUUUUUUCCUAUUUUUCUCGUUCUCCUUCGUCUGGUCUGUAAAAGAUAAGGCAAUAUUAGUGAUUAAAAUACUACAUCUGCUUUGUUGCAUAAUUCUUAGGGUUUGUAGCGGUAGGCCAUUUGCAAGUGUACAUUUUCUUUUUCUCUUUCUCUCUCUCUCUCUCUGUCUUAGUUUUUCAUUCAUGGAUUUUUAUCGAGCGAGAAGAAGCGUCUGAGUUUCUGUACAUUUCUGUGAUGACGUUACGUGGAAAAAUUCAUAACUGUACUCGUGGGCUCUCUAUGAUUCGGGCAUGUGCGUGUGUGUGUGUGUGUGGAUGCAUGUGUGAGUGUGUGUGUGUGCGUAUGGGGAAGGGAAACGCUGUGUGGUUGCUGAUUUUUGACAUUUAACUUUCAAUAGAGUGCCUCAUUGUCGGGUUUUAGAUGUUGAUGACUCGUACAGCGACUCUGGAGGUGAGAUUAUCCGUGAGUGUGUAUGUACAUGUGUGUGCGUGUAGUGUAUGGCUGGGACAGAGAGACUUGCGGUUAUGCAAAAGCCACAGUGCAAAGGAACAACACAGCAGGUGAUGCAUGUAUUUUAACGGUUGUAUCUUUAGAACACCCACCUGCUCCUCGUGUCUCUAGUACAGUUGCCAGCCAGGCCUUGUGGAAGCUGUUGAUAUCUGGGAAUUUCUCAAGACAAACGUUAACUGAAAUUGCUAAAGUCGAUGGAAAUUAAAAUCAUUAUAAGCCAAGUCGCUAGAUCCCGACGCAGCGCCCCAGCGAGUAACUCUUCUGGCUUGGGACUCGGGACGGGAUGGCCACCUUAUGUAUUUCUCCAGGGAAGGGACGAUGAAGGCUUUCCAGUCUCUUCUUUGUUUCUCCUCUCAAGCUCGUCCUUCCACGGAUAGUUGCCGGAUCAGCGGUCUCUGUUCUCGCCCACAAGUCUCACCAUUUUGUCGUAAAUGGUUCACACGAAGGGAGACUUAGAAGUUGUCUUUCAUCCUCCUGCCCCUUCCACAGACGUCGCCGCCACGGGAUGCGAACUGCGCGUCGAAAAUUAUUUUAAACCAUUUUUAUUAUUUUGCCUGACCUCAACUAUGGAAAGUGGAAGGACUGACCGUGUUAUCACCAGCUGGGGGUUGCCACUCUGCUUUAGUCACCCCGCCCCGCCUGAGGCCCCGCACAGCACCCCGACCCAGCAAGCAAUGCCUUGACCCAUCACCCGCUAACUCAGCACACUCGCUAACUCUUGCUUUCGGACGCGUGGCUCCCGGGUGCAUUUUUUGGUCGCACUUUGGUGACCCCGAAUGUGUCCCCGGGAUGUUUUUUGGGCCACGAAUUGUUUGGGAGGAUGACCACAAAGCCAGAAUGUCCUUGCUGUGUUAAAGGAAGCAUCUGUCGGGGCCGGGCGGGGCGGCAGGACACUCUUUGUCUUCUCAAUGCUACCUGGUGGAGUGUUUUCUGCUACACAUUCAUUUUAUUUCUCUUUGUUUUCCUCCAAUCACAAGCUUAGCACUGUUUUAUAUCAAUCUGUAUAAUAGCAUCCAAAUAAAAAAUCAUAUUAUUAUCAUUAUUAUUAUUAUUAUUAUUAUUUUAUGAGUAUGAUGAGUAUGCAGGCAGCUGAUUUUCGCUUGUUUUUUUAUAUAUAUAAUAAAAUGUCCCUGUUUUACAAAUUCUAAGUCAUCGUUCUUUCAUUCCAUCACCUUUUGUUGUUGCUUUCUUUCUCUUCACUCUCCUGGAUGGGAUUGAAGCCUCUUACUGUAAUGGGUUCAAGGCUGACAACACUAAAUUAACAACAUCACACCCAAACCAUUGUAACUCAACAUCCUUAAGAAUAUUUUUCCUCAUUAGAACUUUUUAUUGAACAUUCUGCUGUACUGAAUAAAAUAAAUAUAUCUUACAC